AUGAUUUGCAAACCAUCAACUUUCCAGCUUCAAUCGCUUAUUAUUGAUGCCUUCCAUGAUAAAGGAUUUCAGAAAAUAAAAGACUAUUUUCAAGAGGGAGCAAGCCACAGUCCUCAAAAAUACAAUCAUCUUGCAUUCUACCACCUUCAUAGAUCAAUAACUAAGGAACUGGAUAAAAAGGAAUUUCAGUAUGUUUCGCUGUUGCUGAAAUGUAUUCAGCGAUUCUGCAUUGAUGGUGUCAAAGAAGAUGAGCCUUUGCUAAUUCAGCAGGGACUGAUCCCAAAGAUGGUUUCCUGGUUUGAAAGAACAAUAGAAUUUCUGACCAUGGCAGAUCCAGUGUCUGACCCAUCCCUGAUUAAUGUGAUAGAAGACUUCUUUGACACAGCCUUGGUUAUUUCCAGAAGUAGUAGGAAAGGAAAAAUUCAGAUGCUGAGUUCCUUCAUAUUUACCUUAGGAUUUCUGGUGACAGAAAAGACUGUGAGUCAUUUGAUUCAACGGGAGGCUCUGAAGACUUUGAACUCCAUUUUGCAUGCUGUGCCUCGGGAAGAGAGAAAACAACUCCCCUUGUUGGAAGGCCCAUGUCGUCUUAUGAAAGACCUUGCAAGGACAAUCUUGACUGUGGGUGAUUAUGACCAGCAGGUUGCUCUUUCUGAAGCAUUGUGUAGACUGACCUUGAAAAAAUCCAGGGGGGACCUUGUCCAUCAGUGGUUUGAAGAUGACAUCAUUGCUGAAGCUUUCAAAGAAAUUAAGGAUCGAGAAUUUGAGACGGAUAGUAGACGAUUUCUCAAUCACCUAAACGACAGACUUGGUGAUGAAAGAAGGGUCUAUUCCUUCCCGUGUAUUGCUGCUUUUGCUGAUGAGCAUGAGAUGAGAAAACCAAACGAUGAAAAACUAGAGAAAUUUUGGAUUGAUUUCAACCUCGGAAGUCAGAGUGUAACUUUUUAUAUAGACAAUACUAAGAGUGCUCUGUGGGACUCAGUAAGAAUUUUGAAGGAAGCAGUGAUUAAUUUCAGCAUAAUAGAAACUGGAAAUGUGAAGAUGCUUAUCAUUUACCUGAAGAAGCCUUUGAAUAUCAGCAACAAAGAAGUGAUGAAAAUAGAAAUCCAUUUUGAUUUGCAAUUCAACAUCUCACAAGCUUCUAUCAAAGCUUUAGGAGAAGACAAACAGAUGUUGCCUGACGAGAAAAGAAGCUCCUCCGAACUUUCUGGUAAAUUUGAGAAAGCAGACACUGACAUUCCUAGCAGUCAUGAAAGAGAGACAGACCAGACAGAAGAAUCCACUAAGCUGGCAGAGGUAAUGAGUGCUGGAGAUGACCACUGCCCAACAGCUCUCCCCGUAAAUGAUCAGUCUAAUGAGCCUGUCCAAGCAAAUACAGGAGAUAGUUCACCUGAAAAAUUGAAACCGGAUGAUGUGCAACAAGGUCUUACUUCAAAAUAUGAAUCUUCAGAUUUACAAGAACCAUCAGUAAAAAUUCAGGAUCCUAAAUUAAAUGACAAAUCUAGGGCAGAUUCUGCUUCCGAGGCGGAGAGAAAGCCAGAAACAAGGAUGUCGUUUAAUUACAGGAAACACCUCUUCUCAGAGAGUGAUCAGGAUUCGAGUACUGGGACCAGUGAACUAUCUUGGACCGGUAACCAAAAAAGGAAAUCCCUAAGACCGUAUUCCGGGAGAAAAAAGACGAGAAUUAGAAGUAGUGUGAGAAUUUUGCCAUUUUCCCCUCCCAGCAGCGGCAGUGACCAUGAGAAGGACGAAGCUAAACUUCUAAUACCGCUAUGGAAAGAUACCUCCAACCAAAAUAAUUCCAUACCUCCAAAAAUUUCUGGAACAAAAUUUCAGAGUGGUUCUGCCCUUUUAACUCCUGAAGAUUCUGCCCAGAAAGCAGAACUUCAAAGUCCCCACCCACUGAGCGAUCUGUCUUCCUUGGAGCACUCAGAAGUUGAAGAAAAUGUAUCUAAGACGGUGGACCAAGAAUCGUUGACGAAAAGUACUGGGUUCAAACAUAAGCUGCAAAACUUGGAAGACAGAGACCUAUCAGGAGGCAGUUUCGCUAAGUCCAAACAAUCAAAACUGGAAGAAGGCGAUGCUCCGGAAUCCCCCUCCUCGGUGAUGGAAGAAACGGGCUUAGCAGAAGGCGUUUCCACUCCGUCCCCAGCAGUUGCGCCGGAGAACUCAGACGGUUCUGCUAUUAUCGCAACCCUCGAAACCUUCACUAGAGACCUGAGAAGAAAAACUGAGCUUAGGUACAAAGGGAGUCUGCUUGAUUCAAAAAAUGCAAAGCAAGCACCAGAUUGCCUAAUCCAACUUUUAAACCAGAUACACCAAUGCAGACUGAAUAAACUAGAGAAGUUUCACAGUUUUGUCCUUCAAGAGCUGAGCAAUCUUGAGAAGGAUAUUCAGGCUCUGAAACACCUUGAGAAGGAUGCCCUGGAAUUUUGGGGGAAACAAUCUGAUGCCCUGAAAUCAUUCUGUGAUCUGCAAGUGCUGAGGUAUUUUUUCAAAGUAUUCCUUCUAGAAGUAUCUUAAUUGAAGA